AUGGAGUUGAAUGUUUAUUGUUGUUUCUUUCAAAUUUCAGACACUCAAAUGAUGAAGAUCAACCAGACAAUCCUGAAGGAAUUCAUUCUUGUUAGUUUUUCUGUGUACCCACAUGUACAGACAUUUCUUUUUGUGGUCUUCUUUUGUCUCUACCUUCUCACCCUUGCAGGUAAUCUGACCAUCAUGGGUCUAACGUGGGUGGACAGGUCCCUCCACACCCCUAUGUAUCUCUUCCUUAGUGCACUCUCCUUCUCUGAGACCUGCUAUACACUGACCAUCGUCCCCAAGAUGCUGGAAGAUCUACUAGCCAAGGACAGCAUUUCAGUCAUAGGUUGUAGCUUACAGAUGUGCUUCUUCUUGGGACUUGGUGGCACAAACUGUAUCAUUCUCACUUUGAUGGGAUAUGAUCACUUCCUGGCCAUCUGUAACCCUCUAAGAUAUCCACUGCUUAUGACCAACAUUGUAUGUGGACAACUUGUGGCCUCUGCUUGCACUGCGGACUUCUUUAUCUCUCUUACAGAGACUGCACUGAUAUUCAGAGACUCUUUCUGCAGACCCAACCUUGUCAAACACUUCUUCUGCCAUAUGCAGGCAGUUAUUAGGCUGUCCUGUGUAGACAGUAACCACACAGAAUUCAUUGUAACACUGAUCUCAGUGUCUGGCUUGCUGGGUACCCUUCUGCUCAUCAUCCUGACUUAUGUCUUCAUUAUUUCUACAGUCCUCAGGAUCCCUUCAGCUGAGGGCAAGCAGAAGGACUUCUCCACCUGUGCCUCCCACCUCACCGUGGUUAUAAUCCACUUUGGUUUUGCGUCUAUUGUUUAUUUGAAGCCAGAAGCCUCAGGAGAUGACACACUCAUAGCAGUCCCUUAUACUGUCAUUACCCCCUUUCUCAGCCCCAUCAUAUUCAGCCUGAGGAAUAAGGACAUGAAAAAUACUUUUAGAAGAAUGAUGGGAAACACAAUUGCCUUGAAAAAAUAA